AUUCAGGGAAGUUCUUACGCUCGAUUGUUCCGUAAGGGUGUUAGACGCCAAGACGGGCUAAGUUUAAAACAUUGCGUAAGAGUUUAGAGGUAGGAUCAGCACUGGCAUUGCAAUUUGAGAAAAACAUAUAGUGAAGUCUAAAUUACGAAGAUGAAAAUACUAAAUUCGAGUGUUCGCUGCUCGUUUGUCACAAUGGUGGACUCUGACUUGGAUUAAUUUUGCUGAUAUUUACUAGUUUCGUGAAUAUAUAGGACGUUUUCCUCAGAGUUACGAAUUCCAUCCAGCAGCAAUAGGCCAGACAGGCUGGUCCAAUGUAGUGCCUCUGCAGUGGGAAAGCUCUGUCUACAGAACCCUGGACUGUCCAAAUGCCCUCUGACCCCUAACCCCUGAACCUUGACCAGUAGUCCGUACCUUAUGAUUUGCUGUGAGGCCAUGGCUGCUGUGAACAUCACCAGUAACAUCCUGCACAGGCAGCUCCGGGAUCAGGGAGCACUGGGCUUCCAAAGACACUACCAUGUGACUGACUCCUUCAUCAAGAGACUGGGAUUGGAGGCGGAGCUACAGGGCCACUCAGGAUGUGUCAACUGCCUGGAAUGGAAUGAGAAGGGCGACCUGUUAGCCUCCGGCUCGGACGACCAGCACGCCAUCGUCUGGGACCCCUUCCGCCACAAGAAGCUCAUCACCAUGCACACCGGCCACGCCGCCAACAUCUUCUCUGUCAAGUUCCUGCCCCACUCUGGGGACCGUAUCCUAGUAACAGGUGCGGCGGACACCAAGGUGCAUGUGCAUGACCUGACAGCCAAGGAGACCAUCCACAUGUUCUCUGACCACACUAACCGCGUCAAGCGCAUCGCCACCGCGCCCAUGUGGCCUCAGACCUUCUGGAGCGCCGCCGAGGACGGCAUCAUCAGACAGUAUGACUUGCGGGAGAGCAGUAAACGCUCGGAGGUGCUGAUAGAUCUGACGGAAUACUGUGGGCAGCUGGUGGAGGCCAAAUGUCUGGCUGUAAAUCCCCGUGACAACAACUACCUGGCAGUUGGAGCCAAUGGGCCCUUUGUCAGGCUGUACGACAUCCGCAUGAUCCACAACCACAGGAAAUCGAUGAACCAGAAUGUUGCGGCAGGUGUGCACACCUUCUGUGAUAGACAGAAGCCCAUUCCUGACGGGGCGGGGCAGUACUUUGUAGCAGGCCAUCUGCCAGUGAAGCUUCCAGACUACAACAACAGGCUACGGGUGCUAGUGGCCACCUACGUCACCUUCAGCCCCGACGGCACUGAGCUUCUGGUCAACAUGGGCGGGGAACAGGUAUACUUGUUUGACCUGACCUUCAAGCAGAGGCCCUACACCUUCGUGCUCGGCAGGAAGUGCCAUUCGACUGGAGAACCGGUGCAGAAUGGAAAAACCGCCAACGGCAUCCACCUGCCUGCUAGCCGCCUGCGCCUGUCUGAGGGCAAAAUCUGCAGCGGGUCCGGGGACCUGCCCCCCCACCUGGAGCGCGUGAAGCAGCAGGCUAACGACGCGUUUGCGCGGCAGCAGUGGACGCAGGCCAUUCAGCUGUACAGCCUGGGCAUUCACCAGGCACAGCACAACGCCAUGCUGUACGGCAACCGAGCGGCCGCCUACAUGAAGCGCAAGUGGGACGGCGAUCACUAUGACGCGCUGAGGGACUGUCUGAAGGCCAUCUCGCUGAACCCCGGCCACCUGAAGGCGCACUUCCGGCUGGCGCGCUGCCUGUUCGAGCUGAAGUACGUGGCCGAGGCGCUGGAGUGUCUGGACGACUUCAGGGGCAAGUUCCCCGAGCAGGCCCACAGCAGCGCCUGCGAUGCCCUCGACAAGGACAUCAGAGCUGCCCUCUUCUCCAAGACCGACGCCUCAGCGGAGGAUAAGAAAGGCAGCAGCUCGCUCCGGUUCCACUCGUUCAGCCGGAAGGAGUCGAUCCCGGAGGACGAGAUGCUUCUGCGGGAGAGCAGCUUUGAUUAUAAGCACAGAUACUGCGGCCACUGCAACACCACCACCGACAUCAAGGAGGCCAACUUCUUCGGCAGUAAAGGGCAGUAUAUAGUCAGCGGUUCGGAUGACGGCUCGUUCUUUAUCUGGGAGAAGGAGACCACCAAUCUGGUGCGCAUCCUGCAGGGAGACGAGUCCAUCGUCAACUGCCUGCAGCCGCACCCUAGCUACUGUUUCCUGGCAACCAGUGGCAUUGACCCCGUCGUGCGGCUGUGGAACCCCAGACCUGAGACGGAGGGAGAGAACGGCCGCGUGGUGGAGGACAUGGAGGGGGCGGCGCUGGCCAAUCAGAAGCGCAUGAACGCGGACCCCCUGGAGGUGAUGCUGCUGAACAUGGGCUACCGCAUCACGGGCCUGAGCAGCGGGGGCCCUGAGGCCUCCGACGAGGAGGACAGUUCCGAGGGACAGGUGCAGUGCCGGCCCAGCUAGAGCCCCGAAAUCAGAC